CGCGGGCGGCGGAGGCGCAGGCGCGGCGGUCGCGGCCCCGGCUGCGGCAGAGCCAGAGGCGGCGGCGGCGGCGGAGCCGGUCGGGCGGCGGGAUGGCGGCGCCGCUGAGCGACGGUGAGCGUCGGAAGCAGAUCAGCGUGCGGGGGAUCGCGGGGCUGGGGGACGUGGCGGAGGUGCGCAAGAGCUUCAACCGCCACCUCCACUUCACCCUCGUCAAGGACCGCAACGUCGCCACCCCCCGCGACUACUACUUCGCGCUGGCCCACACCGUGCGCGACCACCUGGUGGGGCGCUGGAUCCGCACCCAGCAGCACUACUACGAGCGGGACCCCAAGCGCAUCUACUACCUGUCCCUGGAGUUCUACAUGGGCCGCACCCUGCAGAACACCAUGGUGAACCUGGGCCUGCAGAAUGCUUGCGACGAAGCCAUUUACCAGCUGGGUUUGGACUUGGAGGAGCUGGAAGAAAUCGAAGAAGAUGCUGGGCUGGGAAAUGGAGGCCUGGGCCGCCUGGCAGCUUGCUUCCUGGACUCCAUGGCCACGCUGGGGCUGGCGGCGUAUGGUUACGGCAUCCGUUACGAGUUUGGUAUCUUCAAUCAGAAGAUUGUUGACGGCUGGCAGGUGGAGGAGGCCGAUGACUGGCUACGCUACGGCAAUCCCUGGGAGAAAGCUCGCCCAGAGUACAUGCUCCCUGUGCACUUCUACGGCCGCGUGGAUCACACCCCCGAGGGCGUGAAGUGGGUCGACACCCAGGUUGUCCUUGCUAUGCCUUACGACACGCCAGUACCAGGAUACAAGAACAACACUGUGAACACCAUGAGGCUGUGGUCUGCAAAAGCGCCCAAUGACUUCAACCUCCAAGAGUUCAACGUGGGUGACUACAUCGAGGCGGUGUUGGACAGAAACCUGGCAGAAAACAUCUCCAGAGUCCUGUACCCAAAUGACAACUUCUUUGAAGGCAAGGAGCUGCGGCUGAAACAGGAGUACUUUGUGGUGGCUGCUACCCUCCAAGACAUCAUCCGCCGCUUUAAGUCCUCCAAAUUUGGCUGUCGAGACCCUGUGAGAACAUGCUUUGAAACCUUCCCAGACAAGGUGGCUAUUCAGCUAAAUGACACCCACCCUGCCCUGUCCAUCCCAGAGCUCAUGCGGAUCCUGGUGGAUGUGGAGAAAGUGGACUGGGACAAGGCCUGGGAGAUCACGAAACGGACCUGCGCCUACACCAACCACACCGUGCUGCCCGAAGCCCUGGAGCGCUGGCCGGUCUCCAUGUUUGAAAAGCUGCUGCCACGUCACCUCGAGAUCAUUUACGCCCUCAACCAAAUGCAUCUGGACCGGGUGGCAGCUCUCUACCCAGGGGACAUUGACCGUCUCCGGAGGAUGUCGGUGAUCGAGGAAGGAGACUGCAAACGUAUUAACAUGGCGCACCUCUGCGUGAUUGGCUCCCAUGCGGUCAACGGCGUGGCCCGCAUCCACUCUGACAUCGUGAAGAAUUCCGUGUUCAAGGAUUUCUAUGAGCUGGAGCCGGAGAAGUUUCAGAACAAGACGAACGGGAUCACGCCGAGGCGCUGGCUCCUGCUGUGCAACCCGGGACUGGCUGAUGUUAUUGCUGAGAAAAUCGGGGAAGACUUUAUCACAGAUCUGAGCCAGCUGAAGAAGCUACUGGAUUUCAUCAAUAAUGAGUCUUUUAUCAGGGAUGUGGCGAAAGUCAAACAGGAGAACAAGCUGAAGUUUGCAGCCUACUUGGAGGAGCAGUACAAAGUCAAGAUCAACCCUUCAUCCAUGUUUGAUGUUCAGGUCAAGCGAAUCCAUGAAUACAAGCGGCAGCUGCUGAACUGCCUGCAUGCUAUCACCCUCUACAACCGCAUCAGAAGCGAUCCAUCCAAAUCCUUUGUGCCCAGGACUAUUAUGAUCGGAGGAAAGGCGGCCCCUGGCUACCACAUGGCCAAGAUGAUCAUCAAACUCAUCACGUCCAUCGGUGAGGUCAUCAACAACGAUCCCUGUGUGGGGGACAAGCUCAAGGUCAUCUUCCUGGAGAACUACCGGGUAUCCUUGGCUGAGAAGGUGAUCCCGGCGGCGGAUCUCUCCCAGCAGAUCUCCACAGCCGGCACGGAGGCCUCGGGUACCGGCAACAUGAAGUUCAUGGUGAAUGGGGCCCUCACCAUUGGUACCAUGGAUGGGGCCAAUGUGGAGAUGGCUGAGGAGGCAGGCGAAGAAAACCUCUUCAUUUUUGGCAUGCGGGUGGAGGACGUGGAGGCCCUGGAUCGCCAAGGGUACAACGCGCGGGAGUACUACGAGCGGCUGCCAGAGCUGCGGCAGGCCAUCGACCAGAUCAGCAGCGGCUUUUUCUCCCCUCGAGACCCUGGUUGCUUCCGGGACGUUGUCAACAUGCUCAUGUACCACGACAGGUUUAAGGUGUUUGCCGACUACGAGGCUUACAUUAAAUGCCAAGGCCAAGUGGACCAGCUGUUCAUGGACCCCCGGGAAUGGACUAAGAAAGUCAUCAGGAACAUUGCGUGCUCGGGCAAGUUCUCCAGUGACAGGACCAUCAUGGAGUACGCCCGGGAGAUCUGGGGUGUGGAGCCGUCUGCCACAAAAAUUCCCCCACCCAACCUCCCCCGGGAUUGAUGGAAGCACAGAGGGAAGGAAGGAGGGAUGGGUUCCCAGCCCAGGAGGCCUCACCUGCAUUUCACCACCAGUCAGAUGGGCUCGGCUCUGCAGGAACAAGGCCUUUCCCUCAGGAGGGUAGAACGAUGCUCUGAGGAGGAGCCCUGACUGAGGAACAAGAGCUGGGGGAGAGGAGAAAGGACCCUGUAUUUGUACCCACGUAUCCAGCCUGCACGUGCUGCAUAGUGCUUCUAGUGAGAUGACCAUGGAUAAGUCUUCCACAGCUGUGCUCCAUGCUUAACAAGGGCUUUCCAACUAAAUCCUCCCCUCUCCCCCUGCAUGCAGCCUGGCCUGGCCUCCUUCGCCCUGCCCCAUGAGCAGGUUUAGCCAACACAGAGUGUCUUGCAUCCUCCUCCAGUGGGUCUGCCAGCCCCAAAGCUAGGCGAGAGGCCACUGUCUGUCCCUCCCGUCAUCCCCUUCCCCAGUAACACCUAGAGAAGGUGCAGCUGGCUGUUAAAGCAGCUGGCCCCAGUGCAGACACCAAUGUCACACGCCAUGUGCCACGAAGAGAAGGAGAGAGGGCCUGGGAUCAGCGACUUCCUUGCCACAGAACUUGCCGUAGCCUCCUCCCACGCCUCUUUGUUAACUAAACGCCCAGUAACCAAGCCACUCCAGAGAUUUUUUAGCUUCCACAUCUGCAUAGAGAGGGUUGUACCUGCCACUGCCAGCUGGGUGGCUGACCCUGCUGGGCCUGUAGACCCCAAGCAGUCUCUCGGCUCUCCAGGCACAGCUGUAUGCUGGGUGCUACCCGAGGGGUGAACGUCUGUCACAGCUCCCGUGUCCCUCCACAGCUGGGUCAUGCUGUUCCGUGUGUCCCUCCCGGUGCUGGGGUCAGAGUUAACACCCGUAGUGCUCUAUAGUGCACCAGUACUCCCCUGUGUUGACACCAACUCAUUAAAACGACCAGAACACCUGCUGGUUUGA